AGGAGACGAUCGGCUGACUCCUUGAUCGGUACCCGCCUUACGGAUCUGUCUUCUUUGAAGCAGACUGCCUGUGAGCUCCGGCAGCAGUGAAAAGCAGUUCCGGCAAAAGUUAGGACUGCCCUGUCCUAGGACGGCUUCUGAGUGAGAAGUCCCCGGUCUCCUCCUGAUUCCGAGUGGAGUACUCUGCAUUGCGCACCAGAUUAAAUACCUAGACUAGGUAAGUACCGUCGGGGGUUUCCUUGGUGGUGGGUAUGAUAAGAGUGAUAAGUAACUGACAGUUUUUUAAACUGACACUAGCGCCCAGGAUAUUAAUUAUCUACUCGAGGUUUUUAAUUAACUGUUGGGAAAGGAUGUAGGAGUCCGAACUGGGAUAUUAGUGGGAUAGGCAUUGGGACGGUUACAAGGUGCGUGGCACACCUAAGGAAAAGAGCCCAUUGCCCGUCAAAGGUCAGUCACGGACAAAGACGGUUAACAGUUAGGUAAUUUAAGAGAAAAGGAAAUCGAGUAGGAAAAGAACAGUGUACACUGAAUAUAGUUUCAGGUAAAGAAACUAGGAAAUAAAAGAAAAUGGGUUCCGCUAGUAGUAAAAAAGUUAAGCAGGGGUCUGAUGGGUCUAACUUUAUACUGGAAGGACUGUUUUCGGAGGAUCAACAGACGUCGCGGAAAAAUGGGUCACCUAGGAAACUAAUUGAGAAAAAGACAGGCUUAGAUUUUAAAAAGGCAUGUAAGAAGUGGAAUAAACAGAGCGGUGGGCGUUGGCCAGUAAACGGCACCGGUGAUACGAGUGAGAUUCAGGAAAUAAGGAAAAUAUUGUGUAGAAAUACCCAAGGUUGUUGCAAGGGAGGUCCGUAUCGCAUGGAUAUGUUUGAUAGAUGGGAAUUGGUUAUAAAAGAUCGAAAUUUAGAGGCGAUCACUAGACAGAAUGAGGUUCUGAGAGCCAAUGAAAGUAAGGUCAAAAAAGAGAAGGAUGACUUGCUUUUAGCUUUACAAACAGCCCAACCACCUGACAACCAUUCUAAAAAGAAAAAGAAACAGAAACGUCUAUACCCUAUAUUAUAUGGUUCUGGGACUCAUGUUCCCGAACCCCCACCCUAUGAUUUUCCGGGAGGGUCCGAAGAGGAGGAGGAGGUAGAGGAGGACCCACCAGAACAAAAACCUGAGCUCCCUAUCGUACACCGAGGAGGAGUUACAACACGAAGAAGGGCCCAAAUAGAAGCACCUUUCAAUCCCCUACACGUUAAAUCCUCUGUUUCAGUUUCCCCCACUGCCCCUGACCCCGAUUUCCUUCCCUCUACUGCUUUCCCAUUAAUACAGAUUCCUAAUCCCCGGCAUAAUCCCAAUCAACCAACUGGUGACCAGAAUCCCUUGACAAUUUCCAUUUCCCAUAUUUGGGACUUAAGUGAGCUAAAAGAGGUGGUCAGCUCCUUAGUUGACCCUAAAAGGAAGGGGGACUGA